AUGGCCCUCACCAAAGAAGUCCAAAUCCUGAUCGUGAUCGUCGGCUGCGUGGUCUUCAUCCUCCUCGGCUACUCAAUCCACUACCUGGCGACAAACGGCUUCCAGGGCGACAACGUGGUGAAGGAGAUGAGCGUCGAGCAGCGGCAGUACAUGCGCGAGUUCCGGCUCAAGCAGAUGCAUUGGAUGGCGCGCGAUGCGACGGCGGGGCGCGGGUGGAAGAGGCCGCAUCCGCCGUCGGGGGAUGUCGAGAGUCAGAUUCAGGGGCAUGGGCAGGGGAAGAGGGGGUCGAGGGGGAGUGAGGGGACGGAGGGGUAUUAG